AUGUUUUGCAACCAUUUUGUAAUUUUGUCGACCAUUAUUAGCAUUAAGAUUUCAGUAAACAAGGCUCAGUAUGAGAACAUUGGCGGAUACGAUAACUACCAAAGUUUGGGGAGUGUCCCAAUAGGUCUGCUCACCGACCAGAACACGGAGCAGAUGAACAUAGUCUUCGACCAUGCCAUCGAUGUCGCCAACCAGGAAGUGGGCACCACCUUGACGGCGCUCAAGGAGGAGGUUAACUACGGGGAUGCGUACCAGAGCUACGGCAAGCUGUGCAGGAUGCUGGAGACAGGCAUCGCUGGAGUGUUUGGACCCUCGUCUCGGCACACUGCCGUCCACCUGAUGUCCAUAUGCGACGCCAUGGAUAUACCCCACAUCUACUCCUACAUGAGCGAAAACGCAGAGGGAUUCAAUCUGCAUCCGCAUCCGGCUGACCUGGCCAAAGCCCUAUACAGCCUAAUCACGAACUUCAAUUGGACCCGCUUCAUUUUCCUAUACGAGUCGGCCGAGUAUCUAAACAUUUUGAACGAGCUAACCACGAUGCUGGGGAAGAGUGGAACUGUGAUCACGGUGCUGCGAUACGACAUGCAGUUGAAUGGCAAUUACAAACAGGUCCUCCGGCGGGUUCGAAAGUCCGCGGAUAAUCGAAUUGUGGUCGUGGGCUCCAGCGAAACGAUGCCAGAGUUCCUAAACCAGGCGCAACAAGUGGGCAUCAUCAACGAGGAUUACAAGUACAUAAUCGGUAACCUGGACUUUCACUCGUUCGAUUUGGAGGAGUACAAGUACAGUGAGGCCAAUAUAACCGGGCUGCGUUUAUUUUCUCCGGAAAAAAUGGCCGUCAAGGAACUGCUUAUGAAGUUGGGUUACCCCACCGAUCAGGAUGAGUUCAGGAAUGGUUCUUGUCCCAUAACCGUGGAAAUGGCCCUAACCUACGAUGCCGUCCAGUUGUUUGCAGAGACACUAAAGCACCUUCCCUUCAAGCCGGUGCCCCAAAAUUGCUCGCAAAGAACAGAAAGCGUCCGAGAUGAUGGUUCCUCCUUCAAGAAUUAUAUGCGAACUCUGCGCCUCACGGAUCGCCUGCUUACGGGACCCAUCUACUUCGAAGGAAACGUCCGCAAGGGGUACCACCUGGAUGUCAUCGAACUGCAGCCGUCGGGCAUCGUAAAGGUGGGCACAUGGGACGAGGAUAGGCAGUAUAGACCACAGCGACUGGCACCCACCACCGCUGAAUUCGAUAGCGUUGACAAUUCGCUGGCCAAUAAGACCUUUAUUAUCUUGCUCUCGGUUCCGAACAAACCAUAUGCCCAACUGGUGGAGACCUACAAGCAGCUGGAGGGCAAUAGCCAGUAUGAGGGAUACGGCGUGGAUCUAAUCAAAGAACUGGCCGAUAAGCUGGGCUUUAACUUUACAUUUGUAAACGGCGGCAAUGAUUAUGGAUCGUACAACAAAUCGACCAAUGAAUCCACGGGCAUGCUGAGGGAGAUAAUGACUGGGCGAGCUGACCUGGCUAUCACGGAUUUGACCAUUACCUCUGAGCGUGAACAGGCCUUAGACUUUACCAUUCCCUUUAUGAAUUUGGGCAUCGCAAUUCUCUAUUUGAAGCCCCAGAAAGCCACACCUGAACUGUUUACCUUCAUGGACCCGUUUUCGGAGGAAGUCUGGUGGUUCCUAGGAUUUUCCUUUUUGGGCGUAUCCUUGAGCUUCUUCAUAUUGGGUCGUCUGUCGCCAAGCGAAUGGGAUAACCCAUAUCCUUGUAUUGAGGAGCCAGAAGAACUGGAAAACCAGUUUACAAUUGGCAACUCGAUAUGGUUUACAACUGGAGCGCUGCUUCAGCAGGGUUCUGAAAUAGGUCCCAAAGCUUUAUCCACUCGAACUGUAGCCAGUUUCUGGUGGUUCUUUACCCUGAUUGUGGUUUCUUCUUACACCGCCAAUUUGGCUGCCUUUUUGACCAUUGAAAAUCCGCAAAGUUUAAUCAACAGCGUAGACGAUCUGGCAGAUAACAAGGAUGGUGUGGUGUACGGUGCAAAAAAAACUGGGUCCACCAGAAACUUCUUUAUGACCUCUGCGGAAGAGCGAUAUAAGAAGAUGAAUAAAUUCAUGACCGAAAAUCCCCAAUAUCUCACAGAAGACAACAUGGAGGGAGUAAAUCGAGUUAAGACCAACACACACUAUGCGUUUCUGAUGGAAUCCACUUCUAUUGAGUAUAAUACCAAGCGUGAAUGCAAUCUUAAAAAGAUUGGAGAUGCAUUAGACGAGAAAGGCUAUGGAAUAGCCAUGAGGAAGAAUUGGCCGCAUCGCGGCAAGUUCAAUAAUGCCCUCCUGGAACUGCAGGAACAGGGAGUGCUGGAAAAAAUGAAGAAUAAGUGGUGGAACGAGGUUGGCACCGGAAUUUGCGCCACCAAAAAAGAGGCUCCUGAUGCGACACCUUUGGAUAUGAAUAACCUGGAGGGAGUUUUUUUCGUACUCCUCGUCGGAAGUUGCUGCGCCCUGCUUUACGGGAUUAUCAGCUGGGUUUUGUUUGUGAUGAAGAAAGCUCAUCACUAUCGAGUUCCGCUGCGCGACGCUCUCAAGGAGGAGUUUCAGUUCGUUAUUGAUUUCAAUAAUUAUGUACGGGUAUUGAAAAACUCCGCUUCCAUCUACUCGCGCAGUCGUCAAUCAUCGAUGUCAGUAGCUUCUGUGGCCCAGGAAUCACAGUAGAGAGAAAUCCCUUUCGAAUGCCGAUGGGAAAAGGGAUUGUUCUACAUGCCUGCCGUUUCUAAACAUCAUUAUGUAUAACCUGCUUUUAGAACUUUUUAAACAGAUUGAAAACAAUUCUAAUUUUCGAUGCAAGUGUUUAUUACAAGAUUUAAAUAUUUCUUAAGCUGAUCUGCGGAAUGUAAAAUAUUUGGUUCAGUUACAAAUCAAUAAGCAAGGAAAUAAAAAAACUUCUUCAAAAUA